AUGGGUAGGCGCGAGGGGCGGUCAAGAGGUCAGAAGAAGCGCGGUCUCCAGAGACGACGCGCUGGUCUGAGUCCCGGUCUGCGUAGACGACGCGACGCAGCAGGCGGCCUCGUGGGCCUGUCGUUGCCACAGUUGCCGGUAGCUCAGGCGCCGGUGGGCACAGCACGACCGACUUGUCAGUGCCGUCAAUUGUGGACUCUUGGGGCUAAACAGCCUCGGCGCUCGGCACAUUUGCUCGGGCCGUCGAGGCGUAUGCAAGCCUGGCCUCGGCAGGCCGGCGCCGCAACGACGACCGUCGAGGGGGCUGGAAUGGGCCAAGCUGUCCGGACCGGCCCACCAUGCGGGCGCCAAGUGGGACUGCCUCACUUGCCUCUCUCGCCUCCCCUCAUCCGGCCCCACUUGGACCAGGCCUGA